AGAAAAGACAGAGGUAGCAGUUUACGGAGUCGCGCCAUGUGGCGGAAGGGUCGUGUAGGGCUGCCCUCCUCGCCUCCAGCCGGCCUCACAUGGGUGCUGGUGGCCGGCAAGAAGGACCUGAUAGACCUGCCCGUCCUGGAUGAAAGUCAGCUGGAGGAGCAGUUUGUCAGAGGGUCUGGACCCGGUGGUCAGGCCACUAACACAACCAACAACUGCGUGGUGCUCAAACACAUCCCUUCUGGACUUGUGGUUAAGUGCCAUCAAACCAGAUCAGUGGAUAUCAAUCGAAAGCGAGCCCGGGAGAUCAUGCAAGAGAAACUGGAUGUUUAUCACAAAGGGGCGCAAAGCCAAAUCCUUGUGAAGAAGAAAGAGUCUGAAACAAAAAAACAAGAAAAACGGAGGAAAGCCAACGAGAACCUGGAGAGAAAAAGACUGUUUAAAGCAGCCCUGGUUGCUGAAGCUCAAGCCAAGCCUGGGAGUGACACUGUUUAAAAUCCAUCCAUCCAUCCAUUUCCUACCUCUCGGGGUUGCGGGGGGAUGGAGCCUAUCCCAGUUGCAUUCGGGCGGAAGGCGGUGUACACCCUGGACAAGUCGCCACCUCAUCAGAGGGCCAACACAGAUAGACAGACAACAAUUUAAACUCACAUUCACACGCUAGGGACCAUUUAGUGUUGCCAAUCAACCUAUCCCCAGGUGCAUGUCUUUGGAGGUGGGAGGAAGUCGGAGUACCCGGUUGGAACCCACGCAGUCACGGGGAGAACAUGCAAACUCCACACAGAAUGACCCCAAGCCUUGGAAUCAAACCCAGGACCUUCUCUCUGCGAGGCACGUGUGCUAACCACAGUUUUAAAUUAUUUCAGCGUUAUUACAAUCAGUCUAUUAUUGCAUAACAUGCAUUACAGGGGUUAUGUGUGAGGAAGUACCGGCAGAAAAACCCACAUAAUCGCAGGAAGAUCGUGCAAACGCCACACACACACACACACACACACACACACACACACACACACACACACACACACACACACACACACAGAGAUGUUCUCACGGAUAUUCAAACCCAAAUGUUGUGAUUUUGAGGCUGACAUACUAAUCACUGGCUUACCAUGCAGUGCACCCCUGGCAGGAUUGCAGAAUGUCACAAAUGUGUAGUUUUGGGACUAAAAUCGUUCUCAAGGUUCAAUAAAUGUACUCAUAUAUGCGAACAUUUUACUCUAUACACGAGGGGUGUCAAACGCGUUUUCAUUGAGGGCCACAUCGCAGUAACGGCUGCCUUCAUAGAGCCAUUUUUU